CCCAGCCUUGCUCAGCCCCCAACACCAGCCUCUGCUUGGUCCCGGGCAGCAGGAAACAAAACCUGGCCACCCCACAAAGCUCGGGACAGCAGAUUCCUGCUUUGCCCGAAAACCCAGCCAGGCUGGUGUCUUCCCAGCUGGCUCAGCCGGCUCCCAUGCACAAAAGCAGCAGUUUCUGCCCCUUCACGUGGGACCAAGAGCUUCUCCCAUGCGCAACUGGAUCCCCUGGGGACCAUGUGGACUGCAUCCAACCCCCAGGCUAGGGACUCCACCAUUUGCCCUGUGCACCCCAGCAAGACGCUCUAUCGCUCCUGUCCUCCAGACAAACCCCAGGCUGUCCCAGCCAGCCUUUGCACAGCUGCAUCGCAGGUCUGAAAAAGGGUGAUGUGCUUUUUGCAGAAGCCAAAUGCCUAUUCUUUGCCCCACCCAAGCAUAGGCCCUGAGAACAACGUCUGCCCUCCUCCCAUAAGCCGACGUCAGUUGCUGACUUAAAAAGGAAGCUGCCAAACUCUUAACACGGUUUUCAUCAGCUUUCGCUUCGUCCAUCAGCCCAGCCUCAGCCACAUCCCCACUUCUGCACAGCCCCUGCACUGCCAGGAACCCCCUGCAGCCAAAGCAAAAACCACACAAGGAGCUGAGAAGGCUCCAGACCCGACUUCAACAACUUUUCAAGCUUGGGAGAUUGUUGAGCGUCUGGCAGCAACGCUGAGAGUAAUCGCCUGUGUGGGAGGUGACUAAACCCAAAGAGACAGAAAGACAACAAACGUGCAAAUGACUGGGGCAGAAAUAGCUGCCCCAUCGGUAAUAUUUGCUGCAGAGACACUUUUGGAGAUCUUAGUGGGAAACUGAAAUGACAGAGGUUUCACGCAUUGCUUAAGCUGAAUCCUUCCUUGGCUCCUUUUAAAGUAUCCCUGGUAUCAGCAACCAGCUCCAGAGGUUGGGACUCCAGGUGGGAGGAAGGAACAGCAGUGUAGGUGGUGUGCUCCUGGAGCAGUCCCUUGCACUCCAGCCAGCCCAAAGCAUUUUCACCCCUCAUCGGUGUGUCCCUCAGUGCUGGGACGUGGGUCAGCACAGCUCCCCACUGCAGCACACACUUUCUCUCACCCCUGGGACAAAUGGCUGCUCUCAUUGCAGAGAACUUCCGCUUCCUCUCCUUGUUCUUCAAAAGCAAAGAUGUGAUGAUCUUCAAUGGUUUGGUGGCCCUGGGCACGGUGGGCAGCGAGGAGCUCUUCUCAGUCGUUGCCUUCAACUGCCCCUGCUCCCCUGCCCGCAACUACAUCUACGGGCUGGCUGCCAUCGGCGUCCCAGCCCUGGCCCUCUUCCUCAUCGGUGUCAUCUGGAACAACCACACUUGGAACUUGGUGGCUGAGUGCCACAAACGUGGCACCAAGAACUUCUCUGCUGCUGCCACCUUCCUCCUCUUUGGCUCCAUCAUGGGCCGGGCGGCUGUGGCGCCUGUCACCUGGUCAGUCAUCUCACUGCUGCGUGGGGAGGCUUACAUCUGCGCCCUCAGCGAGUUUGUCCGGCCAUCCUCCCUGGACAAGUUCCCGGCUGAGUAUGGGGCUGAGGUGCUGGCCAGGUUCCCCUGUAAAGAUGUGCCCGAGAACCUCACCAAGUUCAGGGACGAGGUGACGCGGAGGCUGAGAUAUGAGUCCCAGCUCUUCGGCUGGCUGCUCAUUGGCAUUGUCGCAGUCCUGGUUUUCCUCACGAAGUGCCUGAAGCACUGCUGCUCGCCACUGAGCUACCGGCAGGAGGCUUACUGGGCCCAGUACCGCUCCAACGAGGACAAGCUCUUCCGCCGCACGGCCGAGGUCCACUCCAGGAUCCUAGCAGCCAAGAACGUGAAGCAGUUCUUUGGCUUUGUGGCACUGGACAAGGAAGAGAAGGAGCUGGUACAGGAGUUUCCGGUGGAGGGUGUCCAGCCGAGCCCACAGUGGAAUGCCAUCACGGGUGUCUACAUCUACCGGGAGAACAAGGGCUUCCCCCUCUACAGCCGGCUCCACAAAUGGGCGAAAGGGGUAGAAGGGAAUGGGCCAAGCCCAGAAGGCCAUGAAAUGCUCUUUUUGGCUUCCUAAGACAGAUAGGCAUUGAGAGUGGUUCCCCAGACCGCCUGGCAGGCUAACCAGUAUUGGUGUGCAGCUGAGGGAUUCACUAGGAAUAUUCCUCCCAGGAGGAUUACUUCUCUCAGUGAGUAAAUAGGGAUCAACAGCCUGAAGGUAGAGGCUGAUAAGCAGUACACUGAGCUGGGGAGCCCCUCCCUUGGAGACAACUGUCUCAUCUCUGCUCCUGGAGAGACAAGAGGAGCAAAGAGCAGAUGCACACCUUACCUCCGAGCUGCCAGUACACCCUGCUGCCUAAUGCACCAGCAGAGACCUCAGGGAGCAAGAGGUGGGCAUGACAUUUCUAGCCAUGACUCCUGCAGCCCCACCAUCUGCCCCAUGGCAGGGUUAAUCCCAGCCAUCCCACACGCCUACUUGUUUUAUCGACAUCGGUAUCUUCUUCUGCAGUUGUGCAAUGCCUGUUACGCAGGCAGGUCCUGGAGCACUUAUACAGGCUUCACAGUGCAGGGAAAAAGAGAGAAGCAGCAGGUAAAUUCCUGUGGCAAGGGAGAUGCAAUGGCACCUGGGAAGCAAUGAGUCAGUAAUACAGCAACACACUGAAUAACCGAGACACCAAGGCAGAAGGAAUCACCAAUAUUUGUGGUAUUCAGAAAAACACUCUGUAAUUACCAAGUUGGCAUUUAUUUGGGUAGGACACCAAACUCCCUUUGUUCUCAGUCAAUUGCCUGGCAAUCUCUAAGACCAAACGGUUGCAACCAUGAGUUUAUAAACCUGGAAGAUGGCACCAUCAGCAAAAUAGCUUUUGGGCGAGGCAGAAGCUCAGAGCAAGCAGUACUUGCAGUAGCCACACUGCUGUCUGCAGCUCAUUACAUUGCUCAUCCAACCAUUGGAUGAGAGUCCCGCUUGUUUGGGUUGCGAGUUGCAGCAAAACCUCAACCAGAAUUAGAUUUACAUAUAGGUAUAUAUACAUGUGUGUAUAUAUACAUAUAUAGUGCGUAUACUAUAUAAUUAUAGUUAGUUAGCUGUAUUAAUGGAGCAUCUUCCUUGUAAGGAAAGGGGAAGUCAAAAGGCCAGAUCACAUGUACCCAUCUGCUGCACUGGGGCUGCAGCCCUGCAGUGGUAAGAGACAGUAGGAAUGGAUGGGGAGAGCAGCCCUCUCCCUGCCAUUCUACUACUGAACUUUCUUAAACCCUUUCCACUGCCUUAAAUGGUCCCCACAACAGACGGUCUCUUUUAUGGAGAGAAUUGCACUCUGAGAAAGCAAAGCCAGAGAGGUGUAAAAUCACUGCCCUCACCGUGACACUAUGGCUUCAAGGCUGCCCUUCUGCCACUGUGCAGUCCCUUUUCUCCUGCGGGUCAGUGCUGUGUACCCAAAACUGUUUCCAGAGUUGGCAGGACAACGGAGUUUGUUUUUCCUACUUCUACUGUUUCUUUACAGGUACAACUUCCUUUUACACUGUGCUAUUUACCAGAAAGCCUUAAAUUGUUCAAAAAAUGGCUCAAACCCACAGAACUCAGAGGGGCUCACCCACAAGGAAAUUUGAAAUAAAUUAUUAAAUGAGAGUUAUUUUUCAUUGCCUUCUUUUUUUGGGGGGGCACAAAAGCAUAUUCUAACAUUCUCUUUGAACCCAAGGACUAGAUAUUAUCUCUGUUAAAACUUUCAGUUCCUAGCCUAUGGAGAUGGCCCCAGGAUGAGAAGGUUUUAAAGUAUUACCAUAUAUUACAAGUUAGUAACACUGACUUUUAGUUAUUCUUGCAAUGAGUAGCACAGAUCUUGUACAUCAGAAUACGUAAUUGCUGAAAAGGAAGGAAAAUGUAUUUAGAAACCUUUUUACAAAUACCUUCCCUUGCAAGAAAGAGCUGGAGGGUAUUCUCUUGCUUAGAGAGGCAGGAACACCACCUAAUGAGCGAGGCAUCCCAGGAUCCCUGUUCAGCUUCUCUACAGAUUUGCCUUGCAUUUGUGGAAAGGCUUGGCUCCCAGCCUCACCAUCAAGUAAUCUGCAGGAAUGAUCAGAUGCAAGUUAAAUGAAAUUGCAUUAACUUGAGAUGAAAGAGAGUUCAUUUGCAUUUCUUCUUGUUGGCCUUCAGGUUCGAACAUGCAGACACACAUAUCGCCACCCACAUGCAGGUCCAGCAGAAGCCAAGGAACUUGCUGAAACAAAGCAGCACGAGUAUAUGCCUGUCCUUACUUCCUUUACUUCCCUUGCCUGCCUCCUUGAUAGUCCUAGUUGUUCCUUUGAACCACCUCCAAUCCAGUUCCUUCUCCUCCCCUUCCCUCCUUUGAAGCACACGUAAUGCUUGAGAAUAGAUUUGUUUAUCCGACGAAUAAAC